AAAAGUUGCGGAAAAAAUUCUUCUUUCGAAACAGAGUAGAGAGUACCAAAGCUUCAUUCUCCUUCUUCUUCCUCUUCUACCUCUCCCUUCCUCUCUGUGUUCGUUCUUUCUCUUCUUCCUUUUUUUGCCCCCUUCUUGAAGAGGGGGUUUCAAGUUGUCGGCUUUUCACUUUUUGAAUGCAUUCAGGCUUUCUGGGUUCUUUGAUCCUGGUGUAUGUUCUCUUCCUGGUGUUGAUUUUCUCAAGUUUCUGCGGUGGUUUCGUUCUUCUUCAAGGAAUUUUCUUCUUCUUCUUCUUCUUACGGGUUUCUGGGAUUGUUCAAUCAUGCCUGCUCUUGUUAACUACAGUAAUGGCGACGGGGAGAUGUAUUCACUUCGUUCAAACCCCAUGGAAUUGGCACAGUUGUGUUCAAUUGCUAGAGAUGUGUACAGCCCUGCCUGCAAGAGGGCUCGGAUUAGCUCCUCAUUUGCGUUCAAUUCCGAGGAAAGCAAUAGGCAGCCAUCAAUCGAAGUCCUCCCAGAAGAGUGUCUCUUCGAGAUCCUCAGGCGAAUCCCCGGUGGCAAAGAGAGGGGCGCGUGCGCUUCAGUGUCUAAGAAGUGGCUCAUGGUGUUGAGCAGCAUCAGGAGAUCCGAAAUCUGCAAGCCGGUCUCGGGUUGCGGCGAUGUGGAGAUGGCGAGCGGUGAAAGCGUGGAGGAGCUCGAUGGGUGUCUCACAAGGUCAUUGGAAGGGAAGAAAGCAACCGACUUGAGACUUGCUGCCAUUGCUGUGGGGACAAGCAGCCGGGGAGGUCUUGGCAAGCUUUGCAUUCGUGGAAACAGCAGCUCCUCUGGUCAUGGAGUCACUGAUCUUGGUCUAUCAGCAAUAGCUCGCGGCUGCCCUUCUCUCAGAACACUCUCUCUAUGGAAUGUGCCUCGGGUUAGUGACAAAGGGUUGUCUGCUAUAGCAAAGGAGUGCCAUUCAAUUGAAAAGCUCGACCUUUGCCAUUGUCCUUCAAUUACCGACGAGGGUUUGGCUGCAAUCGCUGGAAGCUGCCCUAAUUUGUCAUCUUUGAGCAUCGAAUCUUGCUCGAGGAUUGGCAAUGCCGGGGUACAAGCUGUUGCGAAGUUCUGUCCCAAGCUCCAAUCUUUAUCCAUCAAGGACUGCCCUCUCAUUGGCGACCAGGGUCUAUCAGCUCUAUUCUCGUCGUCUACAGCAAUAUCAAAGGUCAAGCUUCAGUCUUUAAACAUCACAGAUCUCUCUCUCGCAGUAGUUGGAUACUACGGCAAGUCUAUCACCAGUCUGGUCCUCACUGGCCUCCAAUUUGUCAGCGAGAAGGGGUUUUGGGUCAUGGGCAGUGCUAAAGGACUGGAAAAGUUGGCUUCUUUGGUGAUCACUUCUUGCAGGGGGACAACAGAUCUCGGCCUGGAAGCCAUCUCAAAGGGCUGCCCGAACCUGAAACAAAUUUGCCUCCGCAAGUGUUCGUUCGUGUCUGAUAGUGGGUUGGUGAGUUUCACCAGAUCAGCAGGCUGUCUCGAGAGCUUGCAGCUGGAAGAAUGCAACCGAGUUACAGAAUCAGGAAUCAUCGGCGCAAUCUCGAACUGUGGAGCCAAGUUGAAAUCACUCAGCCUAGUGAGGUGCAUGGGAAUCAAGGAUACUACAGCAGGGCUCUCACUAUCAUCAUUGUCUCAAUGCAGCUCACUCCGCUCUCUCUCCAUCAAGAACUGCCCAGGGUUCGGCAGUCUCGGAUUAGCUCUUGUAGGCAACCUCUGCCCUCGACUCCAGCAACUCGAAUUGUCCGGGCUUCAUGGAGUGACUGACGAAGGGCUUCUCCUGCUGCUGAGGAGCUGCAACGCCUGUCUAGAGAAGGUCAACCUCAGCGACUGCUCGAGCUUGUCCGACGAAGUGGUCUCGACGUUGGCCAGGCUACACGGUGGAUCACUCGAGGUGUUGAACCUCGACGGCUGCAGGAGGGUCACCGACGCCAGCUUGGCUGCAAUCGCGGAGCACUGCAUGUUCCUCAGCGAUCUCGACGUGUCCAGGUGUGCGAUUACAGAUGCAGGGAUUGGGUACCUAUCAAAUGCCAAUCAACUCAACAUUCAGGUGCUUUCGUUGUCCGGCUGCUGUUACUUGUCAAGCAAGGUACUGACUUGUUUGAAGAGAAUUGGGAGGACUCUUGUUGGGUUGAACCUACAGCACUGCAAUGGCAUCAGCAGCAAGACAGUCGAGGUUUUAGUGGAGAGCUUGUGGAGAUGUGAUAUCCUGUCCUAGAUCGAGAGAAACACAGUAUGUUCGCGUUUCAGUUUCGUCGUAGAUUCGUAGAUCACAGUCAGCACAGCAGCCAGCAGCAGCAGCAGCAGAAUCCAGCAAAGUUUUUGGUCGUGUUUUUGGCCUAAUCUGCUAACCCAGAGCAGAAUAGGCCUAGCUACUAAACCAAGCCAAACCCGAAAAAGAAAAACAAACCACAGGCUUUUUGGUUGUUUCACAGGGGAAGCUGUGGCUAAGAUCAUCACUCCUUUUUUCCUCACACCCAUCAUCAUCUGCCCUCUUUUUUUGCAGGCUUAUACCAAGUCUGUUUAUGGCACCCCUACUCCUUCCAUAGAUCAUAGCCAUUGUUUCCCCUUUACAGUCACCAGAAAGCCACACAGUUUCCCCUCAUCCAAAAGUACAAAAAAGACAGUUCUUAGUUUGUGAGUCUCAACUAGUGGGACUCUCUCUAUCCAAAUAUCGCCAUGUUUAGACGAUCGUUUCUUUGUUCUGGGUUUCUGCUGGACUGCAAUCUCUUUCAUCAGAUGUUUUUAAAGCUUCUGUCACUCAGAUCGACUACAGCUUUUCUCAAUUUACUUUGUUGGUUUAAGGUUAUGAAGUCUCUUUUGUGUUGCUAUGUUUAUGAAUAAAGAAUAAAUUCGGUCUGUCUGCUCCAUUGUAAGAUCAAAUCAUCGUGUGGUGUCUUGCUUGAUGUUGAUGUUUAAGCCUUUAUGUUUGAUGUUUGUCUUUCUUAUGGGGGGGUUUGCUUUGAAGUUUGAACAGUUUCCAUGUUAUGUUCAUGGUUUGUUACCGUGCCCCUCUCUUCAAUAAAACAUGGUGCGUAUUGUUUUCUAGUCCUUAAACAUGGUUCCGAAAA